AUGAACAACUCCCCUACUUCAUCUUUUCCUGAAGAUGAGUAUCGCCAAUAUGAACUUGGUCUCCAUCUCUUAGCCGACAGAUACCACUUUGUCAGUAAGAUCCAGGAUGGAUCCUUUGGCAAAGUGUCGUUGGCACUUGACUCACAUUCCAACUCCAAAGUUAGCAUCAAGGCCAUCUCCAAGGUCAACGAAAGCAGCAGCAAAAGCUCGCGAGAAAUCGCCUACAAUGAGAUCAGAAUCUUGGAGAUGUUGAAUACGACUGCCAGUUCCAAGCUGGACUUUGACAACUCCAGUGUUUGCAAGCUUUUGGACUCGUUCGAGAUCUCCAACUACGUGAUCUUAGUCUUGGAGUACUGCUCUAAAGGUGAUUUGUACGACUUGAUCCACGAGAGAACAAUGACCAUCUCAGAAAUUUUGAGAUUGGCCAAGCAAUUGUACAAUGCUGUAGGGUUUAGUCAUUCCAUGAACAUCUUCCAUCGUGACAUCAAGCCUGAGAAUAUCUUGAUUGAUGAACAUGACAACUUCAAGUUGUGCGACUGGGGUUUGGCCACAACCAUUAGAGAGAACGAUGAGUUCAACGUAGGCACUGAAAAGUACAUGGCGCCCGAAUGUUUCCUUACCAACGCCAGUGGCCAGUACAUUGUUAGCAAGUACGAUUGCAAGUACAGUGACUACUGGCUGUUUGGAGUCACGUUGAUCACGUCUAUCUUUGGCACAUCUCCAUUCAAGCCCACUAAGAACAGCGAGUCGAUCCAGUCUGAUUCCAACUUUCGCAAUUUUGUCAACUACAACAACCCUCAUGUAUUGUACGACAUCUACUCUAGUAUGAACACGAACUGUUUCCAGUUGUUUAUGAGCCUCUUGAAAGUUGGAAACGACGAAGACGACUUGGCAACAUUCAGCUCGAAAGCACGUUCGCGUAACUUAUCCAAGUUCAUCCGCGACUUGGAAUCGAACUGGAUCUAUGGCUUUACCAUUGAUGACGAGGACAAAUUCUACGAUAUCAACAGUAAGGAAAGUGACGAAGCUGUCUUUGACAUGGACCACGACGACUUAGAGCUCAUGAAGCAAUCCGUAACCACGAUUACUUCCGACGAAGAAUAUGAUUGCAAUAACAUGAACAACAAUAACUUAAAAGGUAUUUCUAGUAGUCAAGGAAAUACUGAUGAAGAUGAUGAAGACUACGACAACUUCGACUUGAAGAUGCCUUCACUUGUAGAUUCUUCGAUAAAGUCCGCCAAGUCAUGGUGUGACUUAGACGAUGAAGAAGGUUUUGAU